AUGGCUGACUAUUUUUGUUUACGUUUUGAGAUAAAUUUGGAUUGCUUAAGGGAGGAACGGAAAAGAUGGAUUUCACGUAUUAUUUAUUUCACAAACUGAAGAUCAUUACCAAGAAGAAGAUGGAUUGAAAAUUUUUUAGGGCGUGAUUAUUAAUCCAAACAAGAAUGCGAGAAAAUAGAAGAAGCCAUCCUACUCUUAGUUCAAGAGCUGUCCAAUUUGAGUCUCCAUCUCACAUGGGAACUCUAUUAAGUGGACUCAAUACAUUACGAAGUAAAGGGUUGUUGCUUGACAUAACCCUCAUUGCUGGAGGACAAGCUUUCCAAGCACAUCGAGUUGUUCUUGCAUCGUGUAGUGAUUAUUUCCGUGCAAUGUUUACUGAUGCUAUGAAAGAAAGUCAGCAAAGUGAAAUCUGUUUAAAUGGUGUGACUGCUGAUGGAAUGCGCUAUCUGCUUGAGUAUGCUUAUACCUCCAAAUUAGGCUUGAGUUUAGCUAAUAUUCAAGAUGUUCUGUCUGCUGCAAAUCAUGUGCAAUUAAUAGCAGUUGUUGAAGCUUGUUCUUCAUAUUUAAAGGAGCAACUGGAUUUAGAAAACUGUGUUGAUGUUGCUACAAUAGCAGAAAUAUAUUCAUUACACAAAUUACUGAAAGAGGUAUACCUCUUCAUAUGCGGAAAUCUUAGGAAGUUUGCGGAAAAAUCAGAAUUUUUAAGGCUGUCUCCAUUCCAACUGGAAUACAUUCUUAAGUGUGACUAUCCAGUUGAUUGCUCCGAAACGGAAGUUUUAAAUGUUGUGCUAAAAUGGAUUGAACACCAACCUCAUGAAAGGUUUAAAUAUGUUCACCAGUUGUUGAGAUAUAUUCAUUUUAGUGAAAUAUCUUCAGUAGAUUUGGGUAACUUUUUUGAAUCGCCUGUCCUGAAGUGCCUUUGUUCAAGUAGCAAUUUAUGGAGCCGUCUAUGGCAUAUGCCUAGCCAUUCAGCAUGGCAAGAGCAACGUGGCAUGUCUCUUAUCAAUUCCAGAGGAAUGGAACUUGCUAUUUUGAAAGUUGGAGGUUUUGGUAUCAGUGGUGUGACGAAUGAUAUUGCAUAUUACCUCUCAAGUAUUGGUAAGUGGAGAUACUUGACAUCUAUACCUCAUGUAGAACAAUGUAACUUUGGGACAGCAGUUCUCAAUAAUGAAUUGUACAUUGUUGGUGGAUGCUUUAAUCAAAGUCUUCAGGAGAACGUUCAUCCUUUUGGUUUUCGUUAUAAUCCUUUAACAAACUCUUGGUCAACAAUGGCCCCAAUGCAGAAAGAGAGAUGUCGUUUCUCUUUGGGAGUUGUUAACAAUCACCUGUUAGCUGUUGGGGGUGUAGGAGAAUCUGGGGAUUUUGAUGCCUUGGAUGGUCCUGCUCCAUGUGAAAAGUAUGAUCCUUUGACAGAUGUUUGGACACCAGUUGCACCUUUUCCUGGAUCAAUAGCUCAACAUGCUGGUACAUCCUGGAGGAACUUCUUUUAUAUAUCUGGUGGUUUAGAUGAGGACUUAGUGCUGAAUGCUUUAUGGAGACUCAAUACUGAAACUGACCAUUGGGAAAUUCGGGCACCUAUGAUUACACCAAGAGCAGAUCAUUCUAUGGUUUGUUGUGGUGACAAAAUCUAUGUUUGUGGUGGCUGGUAUGAAGAUGAGACUACAGGAUCCAGGGUGUUAGUUGAUUCUAUAGAUUGUUAUAGCAUCACUAGAGACACGUGGACUGUGAUAACUCGGGUUCCUACUCCUCGCUAUCAUGCUGGAAUUGUUGUUAUUGGUAAGUGGCUAUAUAUUGUUGGUGGUUUUCACAGUGCUACAACUUUUGACCGUGCCAGUGGUGUUGUGGAGUGUUAUAACAUGGAAACAGGAGUAUGGACAGUUGGUGACAAUUAUCCCCAAGACAUUUGGGAGCAUGCCUGCUGCACAUUGUAUGUGCCUCGAUGUAGGGAUGAUCUUGAAGUUAUACCGGACAAAAAUUUGAUCUGAAUUUGCAGGUGAUAUUCUUGUUUUUAAUUGUUGAAACAGUUAGUAAUGUGUUUUUAUACUUGAAAAGAGUUUUACUAUUUCCUGACAUAUAUUGAAAUGUAGGGGAUCUUUUGAAAAGUUAUCAGUGUGUUUUUUCUGUACAAUUUGUUUUGCAAGCAAAGUUGAAAUAUUUAUUUUUUAUAUAGUAUAGAAAAAUCUGUUAUAAUUUAUGUGCAAAAGUUUUGAAUCUUACCAUCUUUACUUUUAUGGCCCACUGUGCAGUGCUUUUAAAAUGUUUAUUUAUUGUGUAUAUUUUUAUUUGUGAUCUGAUUACAUUUGUAAUAAUUUUUUUUCAUUAAAUUGUGUAUGUAAUGGCUUUUUUUUUCUGUAUUAUCUGAUAUAAAGACAUACUUGCUUUUUAUUAUAAUGAAUUUUAUAAUAAAAAUCUGUUUAGUAUUUCAGUGGUUAAUUUUAGAUUUUAAUGUGAAUAAAAUUUAUAAUAAGUCACAAAAUAGAUGAUAAAUUUAAGUUGCAAUAAAUAUUUCAGCUCUGCUUGUAUGUUUUGUACUUAUAUAAAUAUAUAUAUGUAUACAUGUAUAUUGUAAAUUUUUGUAAUUAUUCACUGCUUGAAUGCACAACGAUAUGCUAUACAUAAAGUAUACAACUUUUCUCUGAGUUGUGAAAAAAAAAAGCAUAUUUUUCUGAAAGUUGCCAUAGAACGAAUUCUUGUGAUUUUCUGUAUUAAGCAUACAGUUCAAUAUAUUUUCAUUAUGUGUUAAUAUUGAUAAGUGGACAUUGAUCAAUAUCAAUUGGUGCUCAACAGUAUGUUACACUUAAAUUAUGCAAAUUUUCUCUUGAUCUUAAAAAAAGCAUAUUUUUUCUAAAAGUUGUCUAUGAAUACAUGUGAAAUGUUAUUUUGUUCCCAUGAAACACUCAAUGCAAUACUUUAUUAACCAUAUAUUAAGAUUGAUUUGAUGUCUUUUAUCAUUACAAUUGGUGCUGAGCAUUAACUCUAUUUAGAAAUAAAAGCAUGUGUAUCUAGAAAACUGUAGUGUUAAGAAUCUCAGUAUCUUUUCAUUCAUACAUAUGAUGUGGCUAUUCUAAAAACUAGUGAUAUUAUUCAAACUGUGCCUUUGGUAGAUGCAUUUUUUGCAAGUUAAUUGUGAUGAAAAUUAUAAUCUGCCUAAACUUUCAAACCUCAAACUUCUUCAAAUAUUAUUUCCUUAAUGGUAAUUAUUAAAAAGUAUACAUUCAUUUUAUGAGAUGGUAGAUAAUGAAAUGUAUAUUUUCAAAUAUAAAUUAUGUAUAAUUAUUGAUAAUGUUUUAUGUUCAAAUAUUUUUAAUUGCCAUUGAAAAUGGAUAUUUAUAAAGAAAUGGAAAAGAAGGGAAAAUUGGUGUUUAUGAGUAUGCAUAUAAUUCUAGUCAACUUUUUAAAAAUGUAUGAUAAUUUUUUAUAUAAUUUUAUGUUACAAACUUGGUUAUUAAAAAUAUAUUGAUAUUUUUGCAAUGGCUCAUAAUAGUAUACUUUUUUAAAGAUGUU